AUGGAAGCUGGAGGUUUUAGCUUAUUUUCAAAAACAAUCACUAUUAUUAGCUUUAAAAAUGAUAUCUAUGUGGAAAAUUUUAUGAAUUUCUUCAAAUUACCAAACAUAAAGUCAAUUCAUGGUUUAAUGUUAAGAAGAUUUGAAUUAUUAAUGUCUGCAAAACUUUUCGAUGAAGUUAUUGAACGUUUAGAGAACUUGUCAAUAUCAUUUUGUAACUACCAUUAUACACUUAACCCUUUUGAAUUUGGGGCUUCUUCAAGUGCUAUAUUUCCAAACCUAAAGACGUUAAAAAUGACUACGGAGUCGAAGACAAGAUUAAAUUUUGUUGGGAUUGAAUUCCCUGUUUUAGAGAAGCUUUCUUUGGUUGGGUCUUUCACUGAGUUUACAAUUGAUUCAUAUUCAUUUAAAAAAAUUAAAAGUAUUGAAUUGGAUACUAAUGAUGGUACAAAUGUUUUCCAACAACUUGUUAAAAAUUCAAAUUUAAAGUUUAUUGAACAUGUUAAAUUGAGUAAAAUAAAUUUCAAUACAUUCAUACGUAAUGGUCAUAAGUAUAAACAUUUGAAAACAUUGAAAAUAGGUGAAUUUACUGAAAUUUCAAAUAUUGAUGAACUAGCUGGUCAUAAAAUUAUUCUCAAAUCUUUAGAGUGUUUGGAAAUUCAAGAUUGUGGAAAUCUUGAUUUGUUAAAAUUAUUCAAGAUUCCAAAUAUUAAGAAGAUGGAGUUACUACGUGCUACAACUCACUAUGAUAAUGAAUUUUGUUUCCAUCAUCAAUAUUAUCCCAAACUUGAAGAUUUAAUGAUUCAAAUGUCUUAUCAUUCAUCCCAUCCACCUUUCAAAAUUGAAUUACCAACGUUGAAAACUUUAUAUAUAAAUAAAAAGUUCCUCAAUGAUUUUAGGCACUUGAACGAAGUAAAUAUGUGGGAUCUUUCCGGUAAAUUUGAUAGAUAUGGUAGACGCUUAACUGUAUAG